AUGUCCUCACUGGGCACGAAUUCACUCCUGAUGUAUGCAUCGCGUGCAGCGGCAUCAUCAGGCUCUCAACAAAAUUCAGUCAUGUUGGGAGCGGCUGGAUCGGGAGGAGGAGCAGUCUUGGUUCCGGUCAGUGAAAUAUCAUCAUCAACGACGGCUAGUGCAGCAACCAAUAAUCAAGUGCUACACUAUGGAGAUGUUCUUUCAUUGGUGUAUGAGGAUGAAAAAUCUCACAUUUCUGUUCGUGGAUUGAAUCCCAUUCGAUGUGGAUGUGUCAAUUUUCAAGAGAGUUAUAAAGCACCUCUCAAAGAAUCAUUGUUUAUGGUCAUGAAAGGUGGUUCUUAUUCAGCAUUGAAACGAUACAAUGAAUUUAUGGAAAUGAAAACAGUCACAACAACUGGCAUACAUGAAAUUAUUGCCUCCUCGAGGAGAUCUUCAGCUAGGUUCGGGAGAAAUGUGGCUGCCAUGGUCAACACCAAUGCAGAAAAGAGUUUGGAAUCGAAAAGACUCAAAACCAAGAUGCAACGUGAGGAGCAACAAAACAAAAUUGAAGCUCAAAGGGAACUUGGAAAAGUUGUCACUUAUGGUGCUAGAAUACAGCUCUUGCAUUUGGAAACUCAGGAAUAUUUGACAGUACUUCGAACAAAUGCAGAGCUUGAAAAAGCUUGCAUUGGACUUUCAUUGGCUAGCAGUGGAAGUAGAACCUUCUUUCAAAUUUUACCACAUUUCAAAUUUAGAGCGGAGAAUGAACCUGUUCGUCUCUCUGAUAAGAUCAUUCUAUUUAAUGAAAAGUCAAAGCAUACACUCCACUGUUCACAACUCGUGUACAACAAGCCAGUAGUGAACAGAGAUAAUAGAAAUGAAGUGAAUGCAACUGCGUCCAAUUCUUCCAAUGUAUGGAGAAUUAAUCUUUUUUCUCCAUACUCUGCCCAUCUCUCCAAAACAUUGUUAAAGAUUGGUGACGUUAUUAGACUCUUCCACAAAGAUGCAGAAGGAUACAUUUUUCAACAUCAUGAACACAUCAAAUUAUUUACAGAUAAGAGUGCUCUUUCUUCCAUUUGCUCUCUUUUUGAAAUUGAAAAUUCAGACCGAUUCCGUGGUGGUUUUGCUAGAUAUAGCGUACCAUUCAGGCUCAAACACUUACCAACAGGAUGUUAUUUAACAGUUCAAAAAACUGAUGUCAUAGAUCAAAAGAGCAGUGACACUCUAAACGCAUCCGACAAUGGUUCCGUUACGUCACGGGGUGUUGGUGGCUGGCUAAAAAUUAAGAAAGGACUUAAACAAGUGUUGAGACCUUCAUUGACAAAGGAGCCAACCGAUGACACACUUUUUACAUUCCAUUCGCCGGAAGUUGGAGCUUCUGAUGCUGUCGGAUACGGUCAACCGAUUGAAAGACGUAACUUGGUAAGAAUUAGGCAUGUGAAAACAGAUACAUGGCUUCAUGCUUCCGAAAGAUCAACAAAGGACAUUAUUACUUCACGAAGUGGAAGUAUGUUUAGGAGUGAUUCUAAAUCUUCUUCUCGAAGAGCUUCCAUGUCUCCAACACUGGCCAUGUUGAAAGAUUCUUCCUUUUUUGUGGAUCUUUCAUUCGAAUACAGAAAAAAAGAAACAGAUGUCUUUUCUGUCAGCAUGUCUUCAGAGAAAGAAUUGAAAGAUUUUUAUGUUGUGAAUCAAGUUUUUAGAAUAAUUGGAAAUUUUAGAAAGAUGCUCAAAAAAUCAUCGACACAACAACCUCAAAGAAGUGACAUUGAAUCCGUUUUAGAAAUGUUGCGGUUUGUGAUUCGUUUUUGUACGGAAAGUGGAGAGCAAGAUGUCAUGAAAAGAGAAGGUAUUCCAUAUCCUGACAGGCAGUCUGCAUUCAGAGAUAUUGGUCUGAUUGAUAUCAUCAUGAAUAUUAUUCAAGAGUCGAUGAAUAUUUUUGGAAAAGAGGACAAAUGGGAUCAAUUGUAUCAGUACAGUUUCCGUUCCAUUAGACAAAUUACUCUCUUGCAUGUUUCCAACAGUUUAUACGUAUUUGAAAAGUAUUUCCAUGAAUUGCAGAACCAUAUUUUAGGAGAAUCUUCGAGUGUUGUUUUACAUCCAGCUAAAGACUUUUCAACAACCAUUGGUCACACGAACACACAACUUCUCAUUGGAAUGAUCAAGGACAAUAUGGAACUGUUGAAUAGUAUUACUCAAAAACAAAUUGAAGGGUUCUUUAAGUUACUUGUGGAAAGUGAUCAAAGAAACCCACUCUAUUUGGACUUGUUGAACAUUUUGUGUAAAUGUGAAGAGAGACCCAUUCAAAAGAACCAAAAUGAUUUGGUGUCACUUUUGAAAAAUGCUCUCGAAAAGAAUCCAAAUCUCUUCAUUAUUCCGAGCAUUGAGAAGGAUGACCCUGUUGUGAAAAUACCAUCUACAGGAGAAAGCAAAUCAUUGAAGAGUUUUAGCGAGACGGAACAUUUUAUUUUCAUGCUCACUUCCAUUCGUUUCUUUGCUUCGUUGUGCUCAGGAAAAAACAGUCUUGCAAUUCCCUUUAUUCAACAAUUGUUUCCCUACGAGUUAGUUUUGAAAUGUAUCCAAGACACUAAAGCACCUCUCUCGAUUCGGUCUGCCUUUGCAAAUCUCAUGGAAUAUUUGUAUGUGGACGCCAUUGGAAUUGAGGAACAACCUGCCAUCAAACUCACUAGAAAAUGGCUUGCCACAGGAGCUCAUAUCAAAUCAACGUCAUUCGAGGAAUACAGAGCUCGUCACAAGAAACUCAAAGACUUUAUUCAUGGACACUUUUUCGUAGCCGGUAAUCGAAAACUUUCACCUCAAUCCGAUCAGUCUUUCAAUUAUCAACUGAUCAAGAUUUGUUACAAGCUAUUCCUGUAUCGUGCUUAUAAUCCAUAUGGAGACGAUUUGGAACAGAAGAAACUCGAGAGUUAUCAGGACCAAGAAGAAAUUUCUGGCAUUGUAAACUCAUUACUCAAAAUGUUGAACUCGAACAAUGUUGGAGAAGAACACUUUAUUGAAUCUGAGAGUAAUAGAACCAUCAUCAAAAUCAAGAACAAAAUCAGUGACAUUAUCCUCUAUGUUUUAGAUAUGAGAAUUGACGUGCGUAUUUCAUUGUAUCUGGAUGUGUACAGCGCCAAAGAAAAAGAUGUCGAUAAUACUUCUAAUUUGGACACUAUUCUCUCCCGAGUCGAAGAAAAAAGCAAAAAGAUUCCAUUCUUCCAAUUUGAUUCGGAAGAGCAUAACUUUAUUCCAGCCAUGCUUUCAUUGUUACAGUAUAAAAACAAUGAAACUCCAAUUAAGGCUCUCAAAAUGUUAUUGAGAUCACACAUGCAAGAGAUUGAGUUGAAGAAUAACCUGGAACGUCUAGUAUUACUCACCUCUCCAAAACUUGUUCAAUCCUAUGAAACCAUUUUCAAUUAUUAUAACAAGCUCAAUAACUUGGUAAACAAUGCAACAUUCUCAGGAAGCAAACACGACUCCAAAGAAUACAAAGAAUUUAAGAGUACAGUGAACGGAAUUGUAUCUGAUGCCAAAAAGUAUGGACCGUCUGCUCAGAGUAUUUUGAGAAAUUUGCAAAUUCACGAACUCAUGAUUACCUGCCUCACAAAAACCUAUCCUGAGAAUAUCAAAUUCAAUAUUUUCCAAAAGGCAGUGUUGGUAUUGACAGAAUUUGUGAGGGGCAAUCCAGAGAAUCAAGUCGAGCUCUUCCCUCAUAUGCAAUUCUUUAUCAAUAUAUUUUCUGACAAAUUGGACACGAGUGAAUUACUUUGCGAAAUAGUUCGAGACAAUCGUGAUCUUUUGAUGAAUAUUGAUGAAAAACUGAUUCACAAAUAUAUUGACAAGGUUGGAGAUCUUGGAAAAUUGUCGUGGCAUUUGAACUUUUUACGAGUACUUACUCGAAUUGGUACAUCGAAUAUUCAGAGAAAUCAGGACAUUAUUGCCAUUUAUUUGAGUACUGAACGAAAAGAUAUCAUUGUUUUAUUCAACGAUGAUGCUGGAAUUGAAGAACGUAAGCAACGUAUUGAAAACAAGGAAUACAAGAUAUCUGGCUCUCUCCUCAACUAUCACAUCAACAUGCUCUAUCUGUUGUGUGAUUGUACUUUGGGAACUGUGAAAGAGGCUGAAGUGAAAAUUCAAUCCAUUCUCUCCUUUGAAGAUUGUCUCUCACUGUUAAUAUCUGAGAACUUGAUUCCAUUGGUGAGAGAUCCACUCAUGUCGCUCAUGAACGAACUCUACAUCAACACAGAGAAGAAAUCAAAUGAUGUUCUUACCAAUGCAUCUAUUUGGCGACUCUUUAAGCGUAUUUCACAAGAAAUCAAAUAUUAUGUGAGUUGUAAAGGUAGAAACACGUGCAAGUUAGAAAGAGACAUUACCUAUCAACUUCCACCUCUAAAGAACGACCUCCCUCAAGACGAUGACGAUAUUGAAACCGAAUUUUACGUGAGCGAAAAGUACAUUUAUUCCAUCGUAGUACCUCUAUUGAAAAAUUAUUUUGCCAACUACUUUUCGAAAGAAUCUGCAUCCAAAGACUCUGCAGAAAAUAUUAGUGAAAUUAUCAGUGACAUUAUUACACAAUUAAUUGAACUCUACACGUUCACAGCAAAUCCUAAAUACAGAGAAGAUAUCAGUGAUUGUAUUUUGGAAAUUCGUUCAAGAGCUGCAUUACCCAUUUCUAUUGAGACGAAAUUUAAAGAGCUCAAGAAAAAUAGAGCCAUUACAGUGCUAUCACCCAACUCUGUUCUCAAUCCAGCCCUGACCAUCAAUGCUGGAAAUGAAGAUGCUAAACGUUUCAAGGCAUUCAUUGAAACAUUACAUUUCCAAAGUAGUGAGGCCAUUUUCUCAAAACUUGCCAAGUCGUUCGUGGAACAAUAUGGAGGUCACUUUAAAUGUCUCAUUGAGGUUCUGCAAAGAAUCAUGACCAUUGGUAUCUCCAAAGAUUUGGUUGAAACCUUUGUGGGUGCAGUUGAAACCAUCAAGUAUGCCAUCAAAGGUCAGAAACCCGAGUUCGUUGUUGAUACUGGUAUUCCAGAGCUCGUUUUACAAUUACUCACUGCCGAGUAUGACAUUGUUUCACAUGCCCUUAAACUCUCUCAUGAAAUGUUAAAUUCCGUGGAGACUCGUAAAGUUGUGAACACCAUUGUCAGUAGUGGAAGCUAUGAAUCAUUCUUUGUGGCCAUUAGAAACCGACUACGUCAAUCGACCUACGAAGUCAAGGAACAUUUCUCCCUCAGAAAACGAAGUACCACUUCUUCCAUGUUUAGCAGCCGCAAAGACAACAGUCAGGCAAAAGAUGUGUUACUUUUCUUGAAACUACUUUGCGAAGGUCACUUUUUACCCAAUCAACAAAUGUUAUAUAAUCAACCUUUCAACUCGGUUCCUGUGAACUUGGUUUCCGAAUGUGUCGACUAUGUCAUUAGCUUGUUCAAGUAUUUGAGUAAUGACAGUGUUGAUAACUUUAUUCAGGCAUUUGACACUCUCAAUGAAAUGAUCCAGGGACCGUGUAUUGAAACUUCGAUUGAAUUGGCCUCCUCGACAAGAUUCUUGGCUGUGAUUAAUGAAAUUUUAGCGAGAAAGGUUCUUGAUCCUGAAGAUGGAGACAUUAUGGAAGUUCCUGAUGACAAUAUCAUUCAGAUUGAUGACGUCGAUUAUCAUUUGGAUGUAUUGGAUCAUGAACUUGAAUUAUUAGAGAAAAUUAUCAUUCUUCUUACCAGUAUGCUUGAAGGUGGAAACAAAAUCUCAAAGAAUUAUAUUAAGAAAACCAUUGAUUUCAAAGCAUUGUGCAAACUCAUGGUAAUAUUUAGAAAAGGAAACGUGGCCUUUAAAACCAAAUUGACCAGAAUUUUAACCAUUGAAAAGAAGCCAGAACUGCUCAAAGAAGCUCUCAGAAAAGCUCACAAUAUUGGUAUUUCCAUUUUCAUUUUGCUCAAAUAUUUAGAUUUUGAUUUUUCAAUCAUCUCCUCAGAAUAUUUGGAUUCGAAUGAGAAGAGUGUGGAUCAAGUCGAUGAAACUGGUAAAGUUUGGCUCAAAUACUACAACACAAAGGUUGGAACGAUUGAAGUUGUUCGUGACAAUGUGUUGGAAAAGGUGCAUUUCAAGGUUUUGAAACGUUGUAGGCAUUUACAAGAAACCACCAAAGACGAAUUUGUUGAGGCGUGUGAUAGAAGCUCACCUCAAACAAAAGUGAAAUCCCUCUUCGAUUGGACCUACCAAAUCGCUCGUGUGGAAAUGGCUCACUUGAAGAAUCUCAUGGACAAUCCAAAUAGUUUCAAUGCACGUGGUUGGAAGCUCACUGAAAAGUACUGGUAUCAUAUUCGACUUGGUGUCUUCUUACUGGCCGUUGUGAUUAACAUUUUAGUUCUUGCAACGUACACAAAACAAUUUGAUGUCAUUUCUGGACCUGUCAUUGUACCAGGAGUGCCAUUGACUACUCAGAGCCCACUCUAUCGAAACAAUUAUAAUUAUUUAGCUAUUGGAAUCAUUGUUGAAACGUUAGGGCUCAUUUUGCUAGGGUUGAAUAUUGGUCUUUCUGCCAUCUAUUUGUAUUUCUUCCUCACUUUGAAUAUUAAGAAGAAAUUUAAGCUGAAAAAGGAUGAAAAUUGGAACGAUAUUACCAAAACGAACCGUUUCAUUUAUAACUUUUUACUGUAUGCUUUACAAGACCCAUAUAUUUGGAGAAUUAUUUUAUUCUUCUGGGUGAUUGUGAUUGGAAUAUUUGUGACGCCUCUUGCAUAUAUUGUCUUGACGUUUGAAAUUAUAGCUCUUUCACCCGAUGGAUUGCUUGACAUUAUUCUUGCUAUCGGUCAAAACUAUGAAAAGUUACUAUACACUGCCGUAUUGACACUCUUCUCGGUAUUGUUACACACCUUCUUGAUGUUUAGCUUCAAAUAUGACCAAUUCAAGUUCAACAAUACCAUUGUGUGUACAGAAACUUUGACAUGUUUCAUGUCCAUUCUCAACUAUGGAUUGAGAGGUGGUGGUUUUUGGGAAGAUAUUACUGAUGCUUAUCCUCUUGAUGUACCUCGUAUCUUUAUUGACUUGUACUUUUCACUACUGAUUAUCAUUUUGUUAGUGAACGUUGUCUUUGGUAUUGUGCUUGACAGUUUUAGCGAAAGAAGAGAAGAAAAAGCAGAAUUGGAACAAGAAAAGACUGGAUGUUGCUUUAUUUGUUCACACAAAAAGUCACGAUUUGACGUUCGAGCCAAUGAAGGCAUUAGUUUCGAAGGUCACAUCAAACACGAACACAACAUGUGGAAUUAUGUCUUUUAUUUAAUUUAUUUAGAAAAUAAGGAUCCCAGCGAAUAUACUGGUAUUGAACAAUACGUGGCAGAGUUGGCCAACAAACAAUACAUUACCUUCUUUCCAACGCUUCGUUCCAUGACUUUGGAAAGAGCAGAAUCAGAUGAAACGGUGGAACAAAAAGAAAAUGCCACUCUCAAAGAUCAAGCAUUCAAGAUUGAAAGUUUACAACAUGCCUUACAACAUCACAAACGAUUUAGUUCGUACAUGAGUAAGGAUGAUGAAAUUGUGAAUUCCUUAAUGGACUCGAAAAACAGUCGAAGUGCGUCCAACGGUGUCCCUGGUUCUCAUCAUCGAGCACAUAUGGAUGACUAUUCGAAUUUGGAUUAUUUGUGA